AUAUCAGUUCAUUUGAGGUUAUUUUACAACUAUGAUUACUGCCAUCGUCUUGGUAGCCUUCUUACAACUCGUCUCUGUGCAAGGGAUGAAGCAUGACCAGUAUUACGGCGGAGGUGAACAAAGUACAAAAAAGGUCUACGCCGAUCUAAGUCCGUAUGUCAGAUCCAAAAUGUUAGGAGAUCUGUGCUUUCAACCCACUAGUAUCGAAAUGCAAUGGCAUAUGAACUUCUCAAUGAGUGAAAACGAAUGGAAUAUGCAAAAACCCAUAUUAGAAAUUUACAGGAACGAAGACAUUUAUAAUUAUGAUAUUUGUGCAACAUACUCUACUCCAUUGAAAACUUUUGAAUUAAACUCCAUGUACUGUCAAACACAUCGCUAUAUGAGCAGAAAAAAGAGAGCAUUAAGGUUGAAAAGAAGUUGGAAUUCAACUAGUAAGUGGAAUGGUUACAAAAAUGAAUACACUGGAUAUUACGGAUAUAAUACUAAAAGAUAUGAUUGGUACAGAAGUACAGAGGGACCCUAUGAAUCUUAUAAUAAAAAUCUCAACAUUUCUUGCUCUGGAACAGUUUAUGUGACUUUAGAGAAACCGACCAAGCUCGCAGCCUUUAUUAAAAGAUGUAACAAAAACACUUAUGAAUACUACAAUGGAUGUUUCGAAGUGAAAAACUCUUAUAUGGGAGAAGACUGCGAAGAAAACCAACCUUUUGAAAAUAGUGGUAAAGCUAUAUAUAUAUAUAUUUAUUUAUUUAUUUACACAUUCGGGUUAAUGUUAAUAAUAUUUUCUCUAUUCCAGCAACUUUGGUUAAACCAACAAACGCUGUUGCUCUUUUAAUAAGUGCAUAUAUUUUUCAAAGAAUAUAACUUAUUUAAUAUCUUUUAUGAAUAAGAAAGAAGUUUAAAUGUUUAAUUUCAGAAUACAAAAUUCAUAUCACCUGCAAAUAUUUAAAUAAGCUAUA